AUGCCCUUGAUCAUGGAGGACGGUAUCAAUGUGGAUGAUCUCUUUGGAGAACCCAACUCCCUGGAGCUGGGCUUGCCGGCCGCCUCUCCAAUCAAAGGUCUAGCACAAUGCCUAGAUGAAAUGCGUCUAUUAGGGUGCUGCCAGAAAAUCGUCUGGUCUCGGAUGGGAUGUAUUGCAUCUAUUUCUCCAGACGGACUACGGGUUAUUGUCCGCUAUCUCCAGUGCCGUCCAUCAGAUGGCAAAUGGGUACUCGGGGAAGAGACGUCAUUGGCUCCAGUCUAUGAAGCGCAUAAUGGCAAUCAACUGGCCCAUCUAUCAUGGAAUGAGACAGGCUCAGAACUGGCCGUUGUCGAUUGUUCUGGUCGCAUAUCAAUCUAUUCCAUAUCCAUUGCUUUGAACAGCAUCACAGGUCUGCGUCAAGCCUCAUUUGAUUCUGGCGACGAUGGCAACCAGGUUGUUGGAAUGAUGUGGCUGAACUCCCAGCGUUAUGUUCAUGCCUUUCACCAAGCAGCCAAGGUGAACGGUCGAUGGGCAUACUCGCCUUUCCGUCGACGCUCCAUCGGGCCGUCCCACCCAGCCAACAAAGGCGCAUUGAUAUGUAUCACCAGAGCCGGCCAGAUCAAGCUGAUAUACCAAAACCCUGACAGCAAAUGGGCCGAGCUGCCAGCCGAACUGAAGAACACAGGGUACUCGGACAGACUAUUAACGCAUGCAUCCAUGACCGCAACACAUGCUGGGAUCCUUCUCUCCACCUACUCUGCAUGCCAGAAAAUGUGUCUUUAUAGAGUAGAGAUCAGCUGGAACCCGUCACAAUGGGAGCCGACACCGGGAAAACCGCCUGGCCAAUUCCCUAUCCCCACCUUCCGUUUAAUCCACUGUAAGGUCGACAUGCCCAGCAAUAUAUUGAACGUCAACCGGGGCCCGGAGCACUCUGAUCAGUCUUUGCCGUUUUUGAACUCGGUAUACUCGUUGACACGAUUAGAGAUCAUGCCGGGGCAGUUUGAUAGCCUCGCGGGGUCUACCGCUAGUCCUUGGAUCAUGGCUGUCUUAUCGAAGCCUCUCCAUGCCAUACAUGACUAUCCGGAGCAGCAAGGUCCGCCGAGUGUGAUUGUGAGGUGGCAUUUGGAACCUGCACCGCAGAUACUCCAUCCCAAGUUUGACGAGGUGCCGUCAAAAAAAAGCAACGCUGAAGCAAAGCCCAAAAUGGAACUACGCAGGUUGGAGGACAUUUAUUGUGAUAAGUAUAUUGUCUCAGUCGAUUUAGUAGAGCACGGGGCAGUGUUGGCUGUCAGUCAUGACGACAGCUCAAUAACAUGCUAUGACACACGAACAAUGACCGUUUUGAACGGUCUUAGCGAUUCAAGCACAGUGACCUGUCUGGCCCAGGCUGGGUUCCAGUACCCACUUGAAACAUCAGGCCUUCACAUUGCUUUUUCUCCUAGCGCUUGCGUUGCCGUUACGCUGGAUGUUGACGGACACGUGCAAUUGAGGGUGAUGGAGCAUUCGUUCGGAUCCGCAGAUGGUCUCUAUGACGAGAACAAUUUUUCUGCGGCCAUUGCAGCCUUGACACUGGCAUUCAGUCGAGGGUGUGGAGUCGAAGUUAACACAGAUGACAUACUCAUGGUUGCUCGCGGGCAGCUAUCACCAGAGGCUCAAGUCACAUUCAUCAGCGAGGUGUAUCGUGCACUGCCGGUUAAUUGCAAUUUCACAGCCGAACAGGACAAACUCAUGAGCCAUCCAUACAUACCUCGUUGUCUCAGCUUACAGGCCGGACUGGGCUUUAAAGGGAGACUCAAGCGCCGCAACCUCUCAUCGGCCGUGCCUUGGGCAAGCCUUCAACUCAGACAUGCCUCUGUUCUAUUUGCAUAUUUCUUCCAGUAUAAUAAAGGGGGACAGACUGAAUCGCAUGAUCCAGGUGAGUUCAAACAAAGCCAAUUCAGUUAUCGUGAUCCGUUGCUAAUUGAGAAAAAAGAUGUUCUACGCAUGGUAUUGGGUAACACCAAAUGGACAUUAGACUUCUCUCACUUCCUUCUGAACGGAAUCUUCGACAUGGCUGACGAAUUCGAAGACGUCUUCAAUGACUCAGAAGCAUUCACACAGAAAUUGAAAAACUCCUCCUCUCUCCCCCUCCUAAUCCUCCUAGCAAGCAUGUCGCGCGCCUUCCUCCGCUUCAUCUGCCGCGGCCUCCGCGGCGUGCAUGCUGGCUUCGCAAGCGCAAACCCCGCCUCCCUUGUAGGCGACUCCCGAAUUUACUACACGGAGAUCUGCCAAACACUAGAAUCAUCACCUGUACGAAUCGACGUGUACGAGAAGUUCCUGGCAGGAGUCGACUCAGCCGUGAAGCACGCCUACCAAGGCGCUGGCUUCGGCGACGCCGAGAGACCCGGCCCGGAAAAGGAAUUGCUGGUUAAUGCACGCAUUCCGCCAGUCCUCACCACAGCCGUGGCCACCCUGCUCAGGCAGACAGUCCCGGCACUCAAAUCCGAAAUCAACCGCAUGGCGAUCUACCUCGGGGACUAUAGCUGGCUUGGUUUUGGGAAUGACCGACGAACGGCGCUGUAUCGUAGCCAGCGUGAGGUCGAUAUCCUCAAGAAGUGUCCGCUGCGCCCGCCGUUGCCGUUGGGGAAUGAUGGUCGCGUGGCGCUGCUGAAGAAGCGUAGGUGUGUGCGCUGCACCGAGGUCUCUGGUGAUACGAAUCUGCCCCGGUCGCUUCUGUCGUUCAAGAUGAUUGCUAAGCUGGGGCUGUUGCGGUCUUGUCUUUGCGGGGGUAUGUGGGUUCUUGAGACGGAUACUGGGGAUCUUGGGGUUAGGACUGCGAGUACGAAUGGCAAUGGCAAUAGGGUUAGCCAGACUUAA